AUGCCGGCCCCCUCAUAUUCGAACAAUGGGAUGGGUGGAUUUCCUGACACGCCAGCCCAACCAGCCACGAGCGCGUCGGCGCCACCGCCCGCGGCACCCGAGGGACCCUCCGCACCUGCGUACAUGUCACCGCCGCCACCGGGUCAAUACAAUGGGCCCAGCUCAGCAUCAUCGGCGCCCGUGGAAGAGGACAUGAACCCUUUCCCGACGGUCCCCACUUCACAUGCCCAGGCCUACGCACCCGAGACCACGGAGUUGCCCUCGGUCCCGGGCCAGGAAGGGCAAUCCGAUAUGAACGCAGCCAUGGACUUUGAUGAGCUAAACCGUCGCUUUGAACGCCUGAAGCGCCAGUAG